CACGGGCGGGUAUUGGAGAGAAGGUUCAGGAUCAGAGAAGAGUCAGAGUGAGAGGAAGCUGGAGAGGAGGUGAAGAGAGGGAGGGAGAGGGAGAGAGAUCGAGAGAGAGGGAGAGAAGGGGAAAAGUGUGAAGUGGAGGAGGACGAAGGAGCGAAGAGGAGGAGGAGGAGCAGGAGGAGGGUGGUCGUGGUCGUCGUGUGGUGGGGUAACCGUGUGAGGAUAGGGGCCAAAACAAACAGCCGCCAUCACAGAGCGCUCAUUAAAGUGAACCUCAGAGACUGGCAGAGAAUCAGCCCGAACAGGACAAAGUGGCGUCGUCCGAGUGAAGAGCGCAGAGUGGGGGACGAACCCCUCAGACGGACGCGUCGCUCCCCGCAUCCCCCCCACCCGGUCGCCUGUCUCGUUGGCUGAACGGACAUAUACACCGACAAAUAUAUCUAUCUAUAUAUAUACAUAUAUAUAUAUAUUAUUUUCGUUGCAUCCCCUUCGAAAGAGGGAUUUCGUGUCUCGAUUACACCUGAGAGAGUUUGGUUUGUUUUCUGUGUGUUGUGUACUCGGGGGUUUGGAGGAAGACAGGCCCAGGGAAGGAUCUAAAAGCCACCUCAACAGCGGCGACAUGUCAUCCCCGAGCCCUGGAAAGAGACGAAUGGACACCGAUGUGGUCAAACUUAUCGAAAGCAAGCAUGAAGUUACCAUACUUGGUGGGCUGAAUGAAUUUGUAGUCAAGUUUUAUGGACCACAAGGAACUCCCUAUGAAGGUGGUGUAUGGAAAGUUAGAGUGGACCUACCAGACAAAUAUCCAUUCAAAUCUCCUUCCAUAGGAUUCAUGAAUAAAAUUUUCCAUCCAAACAUCGAUGAAGCGUCAGGAACCGUAUGCCUAGAUGUAAUUAAUCAGACAUGGACGGCCCUUUAUGAUCUCACCAACAUAUUUGAGUCGUUCCUCCCCCAGCUUCUGGCCUAUCCAAAUCCAAUUGACCCUCUAAACGGUGAUGCUGCAGCUAUGUAUCUCCAUCGACCAGAAGAAUACAAACAGAAAAUAAAAGAAUACAUCCAGAAAUAUGCAACAGAGGAGGCACUAAAGGAACAAGAAGAAGGAGCUGGCGAAAGUUCAUCAGAGAGUUCCAUGUCUGACUUCUCCGAAGAUGAGGCCCAGGAUAUGGAAUUGUAGUAGUGUCACCAACCUCUUUCUAAGAGACAGACUAUAUAAUUUCCUAACCAUUGAAAAGCAGACUAUAAUAUUCAUAUUUAAAAACAAAAAAGCAAUUUUUUUUUUUAUUACUAAAACCAGGUUUUUAUGGAUAGCAUUGGUAUAUUAUCGCCCUGGAUUUUUUUUUUCUCUCCUUGGUCAUUGCUCCAACUUGAGGUGCAUCUUACCCCACAUUCCAAUGGUAGCUAUGUGAGGCCCAAAUGCAUGUUAUCACAUAACCUUGGUAUUCCUAACAUAAAUAUUUUGGCCCCAAAUGGAAAAAGAGCAAGAAAAGGAGAGCGACGGAUUGGUGAGAGCAGAAUAACAACCAAGCAAGAACAACCGUUUGCCCUGUCCGUAUCUUGACCAGAACAGCAGCGCUAGAGAGAACAGAAAGUUUCAGUAAAAUCGAAGCACAAUGGAAGGUUUACUAGGCAGAAGAAAAACUAAUAUUAUUUGCUCUGCAUGUUUUUUGUUUCUAUUUUUUCCUCGUGAAUAAAAUUGGACGUACAGAUUACAACAUCCUUUUUAUUUUAAUUGUGGCAUGAUAUGGAAGAAUACAACUUGUUUAGGACUUUGGUUCGUAAAGCAGAUUUAAUUAUAAAAAAACCUAGUGUUUGUGGCUUUAACCUGAAGGAUAGUAUUAAGUAAUUACUAGGUAGUGGUGAACUUGAUUACUCUAAUUAGCACGUUGUAUUAUUAUUGGGGGAAUACUUGCCAGCACCCUAUCUUGCUAUAUAGAUUUUUUUUUUAAAUGCCUAUUGCUAUGUGCUGACUUAUACCUGUUUGACUUAUUUAGGGUUAGUUAGUAUGCUCGCUGGUGAUUUCAAAAUAAAAAAAUGUAUAUUUUCAUUGUUA